UAAUUCGAUCCAAUUAAGUAUGUAAGUCCAAUUCAAUCCAAUUCAAUUAUAACUAGACCGAAUCACUUCAAUCCAACAUAUAACAUGAAUUAAAUAAAAAUACACCAGAAAGAAACUAAAACUAGCUAUCAUCCUAAUCUGAAAUUCAAUCAAAUUUGAAUUGAAUUUGCACAUGCCUAAAAAAAUGAAAUGCGUAAUUCCUUUCUAUCAUUAAUUGACGAGGGUAUUCUAGUAAAACUCACACACCAGCCAGGUGCCAGAUAAACAAACCAAAGUUUCUGGAAGCAAAACACACUUCUUCACCCGCAGCUUACUCCCUCCAAGUAACCAAACCACACCAACCAACGGCCAACGCCAUAGCCCAUGACCCAACCCCGCUAACUCGACGCCGAUCCGACCCAAAAGAAGCCCGCCGGAGCCACCGCAAUGAGACUGAUAGUGCCACUCCAAGGCGUCGUCCAAGGCAGAGGUGGCCUUAUCCUCGGCUCUCUUAUCCCCUGUGCUCUCUUCUACUUCCUCCAGCUCUACCUAAAACGACACCGUCCCUCCAAACCCCCAUCCAGCCCUCCUUCCCCAUCCCACUCCUCCUCGAACAUCGCCGAGCUCCAGAGAACCUCGUCGCGGUCCAACUUGUCCACCCGUGGAUCCAUGGGGCGGGUACGGGUAUCCUCCCGGGCGAGUUGGAUUGCGAAGCCAAACGACUCCCCGUAUUAUAUCGGGUUGGAUAGGGUUUUGGAGGACCCGUACGAUAGGGUGGACAAUCCGAAUGGGGUUAUUCAGCUCGGGUUGUCCGAGAACAGGCUGUGUUUGGAUUUGAUUGAGAAAUGGAUUACGGAGAAUUUGACGCAAUCAAUUUUCGGAGAAGACGGUGGUGAUUUUAGCAUAAGUGGGAUUGCGGCGUACCAGCCGUUCGAUGGAAUGACUGAGCUCAAAGUGGCUAUGGCAAGUUUCAUGUCUCAGGUUAUGCGAAAAUCAGUGUCAUUUGACCCAUCACAAAUAGUGUUAACAUCUGGUGCAACCCCUGCAGUUGAGAUAUUAAGCUUCUGCUUAGCAGACCAUGGAAAUGCAUUUCUCGUUCCUACACCUUAUUAUCCUGGUUUUCACAGGGAUAUAAGAUGGCGAGCAGGAGUGGAGCUGAUUCCCGUUCACUGUCGCAGCACUGACAACUUCGCUUUAAAUAUAACUGUUCUUGAACAAGCAUACAAUCAGGCUAGAAAACGAGGAGUAAAAGUGCAGGGAGUUCUCAUUUCUAACCCUUCGAAUCCCGUUGGUAAUUUACUUUCACGGGAAACACUGUGCAGUCUUUUAGACUUUGCCCAAGAGAAGAACAUCCAUAUCAUUUCUGAUGAAAUAUUUGCUGGGUCUAUGUAUGGAAGUGAGGAGUUUGUAAGCAUGGCAGAAAUUAUUGACACCGAAGAUUUUGACAAGAACAGGGUUCACAUAAUAUAUGGGCUAUCAAAAGACCUAUCUAUUCCAGGGUUUAGGAUUGGGGUUUUAUAUUCAUAUAAUGAGAGUGUUUUGACUGCUGCUAAAAGGUUAACAAGAUUUUCUCCCAUUUCUUCUCUUACCCAGCGGCUUAUUAUUUCGAUGCUCUCGGAUGCAAGAUUCAUUCAGGAAUACCUAGAGAUCAACAAAAGGAGGAUACAAAGUAUAUCUGAAUUAUUUGUGGCUGGUUUGCAACAAUUAGGAAUCAAGUGUGCAAAGAGCAGUGCUGGCUUAUACUGUUGGGCUGAUAUGAGUGGAUUAAUUCGCUCUUAUGGUGAGAAAGGGGAACUCGAGUUAUGGGAUAAGCUGUUGAACAUUGCCAAGAUCAAUGUGACUCCUGGGUCAGCCUGCCACUGCAUAGAACCUGGAUGGUUCAGAUGUUGUUUUACUACUUUGACUCCAGAGGAUGUUCCUGUUGUUAUAGACCGAAUCCGAAAAGUUACUGAAACAAUUAAGUCGUCCAGUUAGUUGAAAUACUACAAAAUUUUGGGGCAUUAUAGCUUUUUGGGUGCAUAAGGCGUUUCUCCAUACAAAGAAGCUGUUAUAGCACUCGAGAAGAGGGAUAUGCUGUGGAUAAUGACAGAUUAGAUAUUGAAGUUAAACAUACAUUCAAGCGUAGCUCUCUUGAGGUAUUUGCAUAAUAUGAUAUUUGGUAGAUUUUGGACCUAUAGUUGUUGAGUAAUCUAUAUGCUCAAACCCGAAGUGAAAACUAAAAUCGUCUGGAGGACAGACUAGAUGGAGAGGACUGAAUGCAAGUUGAGUUUCAACAUUAAGCAACAAUUUUUCUUCAGACCAGUUUAAGUGUUGGCAAGUUCUUCCUCUUGCUGUACAAUCCUUCUAUCAUCUUGAUGCCAGGUCCAAAGAUGCAGCAUCCAAAAGCUCUAUUCUCCAUGAGUUCCUGUCAUUCAUGCAUUCAG